GACGACGACGACUCUGACUACCCUGAAGAGAUGGAGGACGAGGACGAUGCCAGUUAUUGCACUGAGAGCAGCUUCAGGAGCCACAGCACCUACAGCAGCACCCCAGGUAGGAGAAGACAAAGAGUGCAUCGUCCUCGUUCUCCAAUAUUGGAAGAAAAAGAUAUCCCACCCUUGGAGUUUCCUAAAUCCUCAGAGGACUUAAUGGUGCCUAGUGAGCAUAUAAUGAAUGUUAUUGCCAUCUAUGAGGUACUAAGGAACUUUGGCACUGUUUUACGCCUCUCUCCUUUUCGUUUUGAGGACUUCUGUGCUGCUCUGGUAAGUCAAGAGCAGUGCACACUUAUGGCAGAGAUGCAUAUAGUGCUUUUAAAAGCAGUUUUACGUGAAGAAGACACUUCAAAUACUACCUUUGGACCUGCUGACCUCAAAGAUAGCGUUAAUUCCACUUUGUAUUUCAUAGAUGGAAUGACGUGGCCAGAGGUUCUGCGGGUAUAUUGUGAGAGUGACAAGGAAUACCAUCAUGUUCUUCCUUACCAAGAGACAGAGGACUAUCCUUAUGGACCAGUAGAGAAUAAAAUCAAAGUUCUGCAGUUCUUAGUGGAUCAGUUUCUUACAACAAACAUUGCACGUGAAGAGUUAAUGUCAGAAGGUGUUAUUCAGUAUGAUGAUCAUUGUAGGGUUUGUCACAAACUUGGGGAUUUGCUUUGCUGUGAAACUUGCUCAGCUGUGUACCAUUUGGAGUGUGUGAAACCACCUCUUGAAGAGGUUCCAGAAGAUGAAUGGCAGUGUGAGGUCUGCGUAGCACAUAAGGUGCCUGGAGUAACUGACUGUGUUGCUGAAAUCCAAAAAAAUAAACCAUACAUUCGACAUGAACCUAUUGGAUAUGACAGGCAUAGACGAAAAUAUUGGUUCCUGAACAGAAGAAUCAUUAUAGAGGAAGAUUCAGAAAGUGAGAAAGAUAAGAAAAUCUGGUACUAUAGCACAAAGAUACAGCUGGCAGAGUUAAUUGAAUGCCUAGACAAAGAUUACUGGGAAGCUGAUCUAUGCAAAACUCUGGAAGAAAUGCGUGAAGAAAUUCAUCGGCACAUGGAUGUGACAGAAGACCUUACUAAUAAAGCCAGGGGCAACAACAAGUCUUUCCUUUGUGCAGCAAAUGAAGAAAUUUUGGACAUUAUCAGAGCAAGAAAAGGGGAAAUAGUGGAAGAUAAAAACGCAGCAGAUGAUGAAGGCGAAAAGGCCAAAAGUGAUGUUGAUAAUGACCAGACAGAUCCUGAGAGAGGCAAGGAAGAAUUUGGAGACCAAGAUAAGACUGAGGAAACAUCCACUGAGCAAGAUGAGGAAAAAGUGAAAACAGAAGAGGCAACAGUCGUUGGGGAUAAAAGUAACUCUGUGACAUCAAGCUCUGAUGACAACAGCACAAAUCCUUCUGCAGGAGAGAUUAGUUGCUCUGAAGGGAAGAACGCAAUGGGUUGUCAGUCAGAAACCCUUGAUAGCAACAACGUGGCAGAGAAGAAGGUGGCAUCAGAGCUCCCUCAGGAACUCUCAGAAGAAACUGGUCAGAUGAUUCCUAGCAACAGUAGCAGUGCAUCUGCUGCACCUCUGCACUCAGAUGUUGGAAACAGCAACUGUAGUGAGCUGGCCUCUGGGCAGAAUGACUCCAUUAAGACGCCUGACGAUGCUGAAAAUGCAGAGAGGGGAUCCCAGACUUCAGAGGACACAGGAGAGAAAUCUAUUGGUGAAAGAAGUGAUUCUCCAGGCGCAGGAAAAGGCACGCCAGGUUCGACACGAAUGCUCACAAGAUUACGAAAUCCAGAUAGCAAGUUGAGCCAGAUGAAAAGCCAGCAGGUUGCUGCUGCGGCACAUGAAGCAAAUAAGUUAUAUAAAGAAGGCAGAGAGGUUCUGGUGGUCAACUCUCAAGGUGAAGUCUCCCGCAUGAACGCAAAGAAGGAAGUUGUGAUGAAAGGAAAUAUCAACAAUUAUUUCAAAUUAGGGCAAGAGGGGAAGUACCGUGUUUAUCAUAACCAGUAUGCCACCAAUUCAUUCGCAUUGAACAAGCACCAGCACAGGGAGGACCAUGACAAGAGACGACAUCUCUCGCAUAAAUUCUGCCUGACUCCUGCUGGAGAGUUCAAAUGGAAUGGGUCUGUACAUGGGUCCAAAGUUCUUACCAUAUCCACCUUGAGGCUAACUAUUAUUCAGCUGGAAAAUAAUAUCCCGGCAUCAUUCCUUCACCCUAACUGGGCUUCCCACAGGUCUAACUGGAUUAAGGCUGUUCAGAUGUGCAGCAAGCCUAGAGAAUUUGCACUAGCGCUGGCUAUAUUGGAGUGUGCAAUUAAACCGGUUGUCAUGCUGCCGAUCUGGCGGGAAUCAUUGGGGCACACUAGAUUACGCAGAAUGACAGCAAUAGAAAGAGAAGAAAAGGAGAAGGUGAAGAAAAAAGAGAGAAAACAAGAAGAAGAAGAAACAAUGCAGCAAGCUACAUGGGUGAAAUACACAUUUCCUGUCAAACAUCAGGUUUGGAAGCAAAAAGGAGAGGAAUAUAGAGUAACGGGGUACGGUGGCUGGAGCUGGAUUAGUAAAACACAUGUCCACAGGUUUAUGCCCAAACUGCCUGGAAAUACUAACGCAGAUUACAGGAAGUUACUACCCACAAAGAGCGAAGAUGAAAAAUGCAACUUGGAUAAACGGAAAGGUCCAAUUAAGGUAAAAGUAGAGAAAGAUAGAACAAAGGAUUCUCAUGAUCUGCAAGCAAAAGACAAAGCAGAUGUUUCAGAAACCUUGGAGAAAGUACAAGUGAAAGAAGAAAAGUUGCGUGAAGAAAAAGUAGAAGUUGAUACAGUUUCUGAAAACUUAGAUCAUGCAAAAGCCAAAGUGGAAAAAGAAAUCGAUGGUGAAAAUAAUAAAGUCAUCAAGGAAGAACCUAUGGAUGUAGAUGAUGUGAAAAUGGAAUCCUCCAUAAAAGAUGAAGAUAGUCCUUGUAAGCUGGAUAUAAUCAAUGUCAGCGAGGGAUUUCAUUUAAGGACUUUCUACAAAAGAAAAGUGAAAUCAUCCAAAUUAGAUGGACUACUGGAGAGGCGAAUAAAGCAGUUUACAUUGGAAGAAAAACAGCGUCUGGAAAGGAUGAAACUGGAGGCUAGUGCUAAAACAGGCAUUCGAUCUGUAAGCCCCCAGAAAAGCAUGGAUGAGCUACAAACGAGAAAAGUGAAAGGAGGAAGCCAGUUUGACACGUCUUCCCAAGAUCCAACCUGUAUUUCAGAUAAGACCCAAACCGAAGAUGCAGAACAGGACUGCUUGCCGAUCAGCAGCAUCUCCUGUACCAAAACUGGUGAGCUAGAUGAACCCUCUUUGCCUUUGACACCCCGGAUGUCAAAAAGAGAAGGCCAGCUACUGGAUGAAGACUCGCCUCAGUCCUCUGAAGGUGAAAGCUCCAUUCAGAAUCACGGGAAGGAAGACAGCCCUGAACCUAUGGCUGCUGCUGAGAGUCAAGGACAAGGGGCUCUUGGAGAAUCUGAGACUUCCUCUGAGGGUGGCUUGAAACAAACAAGUGCAGAAGGUAGAAUCAAAUGGAAUACUUCAGAAACAAGGGGAAAACCUUUGAGACAAAAACUACCUUUUACCAGAGUAUCUCAGCGUGAACGUGAAAAUUUAGAACCAGUGGUAACUGAAAGCAGUUGUAGAAAAGAGGAGUUGGUUACUCCUGAAAAAACAGAUUCAGAAGGGAAUUCUGAACAGGAGAGCAAAGAUCCAGAAAACAACUGUACAGUAAAAUGCCGUAUUGAACCAGCGUCCUCUCAAGACAGUGAAAUGGAGGAAGAAAUUGCUCCAGUGAAGACGAAAAGUAAAUCUGAAAAGAGGGUAUUUCACCAAAAAACAGUCAGUAAAGAUCUAGGACCAUUUAAAACAGAGCUAGUUUCUGAAAGAAGCCCUGAAAGUCACGCUCUGGAACACAUGGAUGGGGUAGAAGUUGAUGAGGAUUUACCAAGCUCUAAACUAACUGAGGCUAAUGGUCAAAAGAAAGGUCAGGAACUGAAAGUGGAGACAGGUACCAUAAACAAGUGUCUUGAUCAGACAAAUCUGUAUAGUGUUACUGACAAAAAGAAUAGUAAAGAUGAAGAAACUGAGACAGACUUAGAAAAACAGAAAUCAGCAUUUCAUAUGAAUGGAAAAGACAAAGUGUUAUCAAACAAUGACUGCUUAGUUAAAGAUACCUGUGAAACUAAGGCGGGGGGUGAUAUUGAACCAAAAGUUAAUAAUAUUAAUAAAUCCAUUCCAGAACAGGAAAUAAGACCAUUGACUUUUAAGGAAUCAUCAGUAAAACCAUUCAUGAAUGGUGACAUUAUGACAGAGGACGCAAAGGACAAAAAUAAUGUGGGCUCUAAGUCGCGUCUGCAGAGUUCAUCUGCGUUUGAGUCUGGAGAGAGUCUUCAGCCACCAGAUGAAGUUCCCACGUAUGUGCAGAAAACUGAAGAAAGCCAGCUUUCUCCCAAGAGAUCUGCCUUUGGCUCUGCUUCCACGCCAGCGCAUGCUGUCUGUAAAGAAAAUAACCUGAAUAGUGAAACAGAAUCUAUGGAAACUGAAGCAGCUGAGGAUAAGGAAGUUGCUCCAUCGCCUGUAACUUCAUGUGAGGAAUCUAGCUUGAGCAGUGACUUUGCUGAUCAGAAUGGCAUACAAACAUAUAAAAUGGAAAAUAUUAAUGGAGAAAGUAAAAUAAAAACUGUUAUUACUGAAGUGACUACCACAACAUCAACUGUGUCUACACAAUCCAAAACUGUGUUUAAAGUUGCAGAGACUGUAGCUUCUAAUGAUGAGAAAACAACAGUAGUAUCAUCCACAGAAAAUUGUGCCAUCUCCACUGUAACUACCACCACUACAGUAACUAAGCUUACCACUCCAGCCACAGACAGUAACGUUGAUGUCAUUUCUGUACAAGAGCAUAGUAAAACAGUGGUUACGACAACAGUAACCGAUUCGCUCACCACCCCAGAAGGCACAUCGGUGACUUCCAUGACUGUCAGCAAAGAAUAUUCUACAAAAGACAGAGUCAGGUUAAUGAAAUUUGCAAGACCCAAAAAAACGCGCUCUGGAACUGCCUUACCGUCUUACAGGAAAUUUGUUACCAAAAGCAGUAAAAAAAGCAUAUUUGUUUUACCCAAUGAUGACUUGAAAAAGCUGGCCAGGAAAGGAGGGAUCAGAGAAGUUCCCUAUUUCAAUUACAAUGCGAAGCCUGCCUUGGAUAUCUGGCCAUAUCCAUCCCCAAGGCCAACUUUUGGGAUCACUUGGAGGUACCGACUUCAAACCGUAAAAUCACUGGCCGGAGUGAGCCUUAUGUUGCGGUUAUUGUGGGCAUGUCUCAAAUGGGAUGAUAUGGCAGCAAAAGCCCCACCUGGGGGGGGAACUACACGUACAGAAACAUCUGAAACUGAAAUUACAACAACAGAAAUAAUCAAGCGAAGAGAUGUGGGUCCAUAUGGAAUCCGGUCAGAGUACUGUAUAAGAAAAAUUAUUUGUCCCAUUGGUGUACCAGAGGCUCCAAAAGAAACUCCAACACCCCAGAGGAAGGGACUGCGAUCAAGUGCUUUAAGGCCAAAAAGGCCAGAAACACCCAAGCAAACGGGCCCUGUUAUCAUUGAAAGUUGGGUAGCAGAGGAGGAGUUGGAACUCUGGGAGAUCAGGGCAUUUGCUGAAAGGGUGGAGAAGGAAAAGGCACAGGCAGUUGAACAACAGGCUAAGGUUAGUGAACAGAAGAAGGCAGAGGAAUUCAAGGCCCAAUUGGAGGCUCAACUAAAACACCAACGGUUGGCUGCCCAGCAGAAACGUCUGGAACAGCAGAAGCAGAUACCUGCAGCAGGGGUGACCCCCGUGGUCACUACAGCCAGCAGCACUGCAACUACUGCCUCAACGCCCCAGAAAGUUGUGGUAGGCCCUUUAGCAGGCCCAGUCCCCACUGGAACCAAAGUAGUACUUGCUACAAAAGUGGGUUCUCCAGCUACAGUAACAUUCCAACAGAACAAGAAUUUCCAUCAGACUUUUGCUACUUGGGUUAAACAAGGCCAAUCUUCAACAGCCACUAGCACAGCUGCCACUUCAGCCACAACCAUUGCCAGCACAGGGCAGACCUUCCAGAUCUCAGGCAGUCCAGUAACGAUGGCAGGGAAAGUGAUAACUAAGCUGCCUCUCCCUGCAAACAGCAAGAUUGUUGCCGUCAAUGUGCCAUCAACUCAAGGAGGUGUUGUUCAAGUUCAGCAGAAGGUAUUGGGUAUCAUUCCAUCAACUACAGGUGCAAGUCAAACAUUUACUUCAUUCCAGCCAAGGACAGCAACAGUAACCAUUAGGCCAAAUACUACAGGGACGUUAGGAACAACCAGCACUUCACAAGUAGUACAAGGGACGCCGCUCCGCCCUGGUAUGACAGUAAUACGGACACCACUUCAGCAGCCAACGCUUGGAAAGACCAUCAUUCGAACACCUGUAGUGGUGCAACAAGGUAUUCUUCCAGCCAGUCAGACACAGCAAGUGGUGACUCAAAUAAUCAGGGGUCAGCCUGUCUCCACAGCAGUUUCUAGUACCAGCACAUCAUCUUCCAGUGCUGGCCAAAAGACGGUCACAAGUCCUGGCACAGCACCUCAGCAAGUGCAGCCACCAAGCACACCGCAGCCCCCGCGUCCUCAGCAGGGACAAGUGAAACUCACCAUGGCCCAGCUCACCCAGCUAACCCAGGGACAG